AUGUUCUUUUUGGCAUCUUUUAUAUUUCUUACUCUUGUUACAUGUGGAGAUAUUGUGGUACUUGACAUCUCUUCUCCUGUUAAUCCAAACAAGAUUGUAGAGAUCAAGUACAAUGGAGACGGUUUUAAACAAAGCCUCUACUUUCCAUACUUGAGGGUUGUCAUUGGGAGCAUUGUUGAUGGAUAUCAAACGAUAUGGGAGGCAACAAAAAAGGGUGAAAUAUGCCACCGUUUCAAGGUCAACAAACAAUAUGGAAAGUAUACACUGGCAUAUGCUGAUAUUUCAAGAAAUCGUCAAAGCAGAAUCGUUUACUACCAGUUUAUCAAUGGAUUAUGGGUUAUUAUCGAUGAGCAAUUGUAUCUUCGAUUGUAUAUGAAAAUGCAGACUGAACGCAGAUUUGAUAUCAGCGAUCCUGGCCGAACUGAUAUGUGCCAUAUUCAAGACUACUGCCCAUUCGGAGCUCCAUCAUUCAUAUAUACUCCAUUUAAUAAAUACCAUGUCAAGAGUGUUGUGGAUGGUAAUCAAGUAUUGUGGACAUCUGAUGAGAAUAAGUGCGAAUACGUUGUAAUCCACGGAGACGUCCAUGACCCACGAUUUCUCCAUUGUUUCAUAAAGGCUCCUGUUACCUAUGAUACCUUGUAUUUUGAGAAAAUAAAUGGCCUAUGGACUUCCAUUCCGAGGGAUUUGUUUUUUAGUAGAUUGGAUCAAUUUGAUAGGGAGACAGAAGCUCUCGCGCAGACGCAGUAUCAGAAUGGCAGAGAAAUAGAACAUGAGGAAAAUGAUAUAUCAUAA